CUACCCUGUUUCAUAACAUUGAACUAGGUGAUCAGUGAUUUGAAUCAAUGGAAGACGUCAGUGUUUCUAUGGCAACCGGAAACAAACUAUUUUAUACUUGCUAAUACGUUUAAAUGUUACUAUCGAAGAAAUAAUAUAUAGGCAUUUAUUUAACAGUGUUUAAAUGAUUGUAGUCUGAAAGUCUGUUAAAAAAUGGAAUGAAAAGGGGGGAAAAUGCCACUUAAGAAGAUCCAAGGAAUGACAAACAGUGGAACGGUGAAAGGUAGCGCAUUAAAAGCAGUGAAAGGCAAAGGUGGUUCUGGGAAGACAGCAUCUGAUUUAGCAGUAGCAGAUGAAUUGGACUCGUGGACAAAAUCAAAGCAGCUGCUUAAACCUGAAGAUCAAUUAGAACUCAGUGAUCAGGAGCUGAAGGAAGAAAUUGAACGUGUGUUGACAGCACAAAACCCUCAGACUCCUUCUAAUAUUGUAGAAUUCAGUUUUAAAGAAGGCUGUUUUAUUCCUGCACUGCCAACUACACAAACAGUAUUGCUCUUAGACAUUGAAGGUAAUGUUCUCCACAAAGACUCAGAGGAAGCAAAAUUCCAGUUGGGUGGAAAAUUUGAAAUUAGAGAUGCAGAUGAAGAAGAGAAACAGCAAUCUGCAGAAUUGAACGCAGAGAUUUUAGAAGGAGAUGAUGAUGUAGAAAGAGAAAAUACUGAAAAAGAGCAUGAUGAGGAAGAAAAACCAAUUGCUAAGGAUGAAAAAGAGAAACAAAUAGAAGAAGAAGAAGGAGAAGGUGAGGAGGAAGCAGAAGAUGAAGCAGCAGUGCCAAUAAAGAAAACUCCUGAAGUGUCUGCUUAUUUUAUGAAAGUAGGCUCUAAGAAGCUCACAAACCAGUUCAAUUUCUGUGAGCGAGGAGCUCUUACAUAUAAUAAUCCUUUCAGGAAUCUUGAAACGCAGACCAUACCUCCUCCACGAGCUAAUUUCUCAGGACAAGUCACGCAGUGGAUAAUUUAUGAUGCGUACCAGCAAGAUUUUGAAGCGCAACUGCGGGAGAAAGAAAAAGAAAGGAAAGACAAAAUUGUUCCUACUCAGAAAACUGAGGUCAAGAGAAAGGGUCUUCAAACAACAUCAGACACCACCAAACGGACUCUACUGGCAAUUAAAAUACUUGAAAGAAUGAUAAAUCAAAACACAUACGAUGAAAUUGCACAAGAUUACAGAUACUGGGAAGAUCCGUCAGACGAGUACCGAGACGAGGAAGGAACGUUGCUACCUCUCUGGAAGUUUGUGUAUGAGAAGACAAAGAAGAAUAAUGUGACAGCUCUGGGUUGGAAUCCUAGCUACUAUGAUCUCUUUGCAGUAGCUUUUGGAUGCUUUGACUUCAUGAAGCCUCAACCUGAGGGAGCAGUUUGCCUAUUUACACUGAAGAAUCCUUCGUUUCCGGAUUACAUCUGCACCACUGAAACCGGAGUGAUGUGCGUUGAUAUUCAUCCUGUACAUCCUUAUCUUGUGUGCACUGGGAAAUACGAUGGCAAUGUUGCUGUUUACGACGUCCACUCACCUGAAAAGAUGCCACAGUAUGAAAGCAACUCAGUGGCCAAUAAACACUGUGGUGUUGUAUGGCAGGUUCGAUGGGGAAUUGAUAUGCCUGAUGGUGAGGCGAACUUCUUCUCUGUGUCUGCAGAUGGUAAAGUGUACAACUGGGUGCUUAUGCAACAUGAGCUUUCGCAGACAUUAAUUAUUUCAUUAUUUCUGUCCUGCGAUCCCAUACCUGGGCCCAGUGGAGCACUGAUUCCACUGACAGGAUGUGGAACAACCAUUGCAUUCCAUCCCACUGAACAGCUUAUCUUUGUGGUUGGCACAGAGGAAGGUAACAUUUACAAAUGCAGUACAGCGUAUGCCUCCAUUUACCUGGCUACAUACGAAGCACAUCACAUGCCAGUUUAUAAAGUGGAUUAUAAUAAGUUCUAUCCUGAUAUAUUCAUUUCAUGCAGUGCAGAUUGGACAGUAAAGAUAUGGGAAGACAAACGCAGUGAUCCACUUUUUGUGUUUGACUUGGGAUGUGCAGUAGGAGAUGUCGAAUGGGCCCCAUAUUCUAGUACUGUGUUUGCUGCUGUAACAAGCGAUGGAAAAGUUCAUGUCUUUGACCUGAACGUAAACAAGUACAGGCCUAUAUGUGUGCAGGCUGUAGUGAACAAGAAGCGGAAUAAACCGACACGCAUAGCGUUUAAUCAUAAACUUCCAGUCAUAAUUGUUGGCGAUGAGAGAGGUUGCAUUACUGCUCUCAAAUUAUCGCCAAAUCUACGUAAGAAAGUGAAACCCCCGAAGAAAGGGCCAGUUCACACCGAGAAAGAAUUGGAGCUAAUGAAAUUAGAGAAACUUCUGGCACUGGUACGAGAACCACAGGCUUUGACACCACUGCCAGAUCCACCUGCUCCUGUAGAUUCAUAAUAAAUUAAUCAGUAUUUAAUGAAAACUCAAAUUUGAAAUUGAAGUAGUACGAAAUCAUUUGGGAUCUGUUAUACAGAAUACCCUCCACUCCCCGCCAAACGACCCACAUGGCGUGUAGCGGGACGGCUUUGCUUUACUUUAUGGAGUCCAGAAGAAUACUUCCUGAGGAACUGCCUUGUGGGUACUCUUAAGGUUUGUUACCACAUUCACAAGUCUGCCAGAGGCCCCGUGUAACUUUAUGUUACAAGGUACAUUUUUUGUGGUAACGGAUCGUUUACCAUCAUCCAUUCCCAAAGUCGGAGGACCAGUCUUUGCUGGCCGUCAGUAUAUUCACAUCUGCAGUCCAUAUUUGAAGGCUGUCCUCUCCAUACAUAACCUAACCUGAGGACACGUCAUGUAGUGGUGACAUGACACCCAUUUAACAUGUAUUCCCAAUAAAUAUAUCUAAAUAAGGGUACUGAAUAAAAUACUAGUGUAAAAUACUUUGAC